UUCGGGCGCUGGUGGCGGCUCUAGAGCCUGCUGUUUGGGUUUAUCAGACCGGCAAAAUGGAGGAACUGGACGGCGACCCCACGCUCACGUUGAUUCCAGGGGUGAAUUCCAAGAAGAAGCAAAUGUGUUUUGAUUGGGGACCUGGAGAGAUGCUGGUGUGUGAAACUUUGUUCAAAAAUAAAGAGAAAGAAGAGAAGGUGCCAGGCUGUCCUUUAAUCUAUAUUGUUCGGAAGGAUAUAGAUGUUUACUCUCGGAUCCUGCGAAAACUUUUCAAUGAGUCCCAUGGCAUCUUUGUAGGACUACAGAGGAUUGAGGAAGAAUCAACAGGAAAAUCUCGGAAAGCUCAAUUGGUUCGAGUAAGUAAAAACUAUCGUUCAGUUAUAAGGGCCUGUAUGGAAGAAAUGCAUCAAGUAGCAAUUGCUGCUCAAGAUCCGAUCUGUGGGCGUCAAUAUAGUAGUCAGGUUUCUAUUCUUUCUGCCAUGGAGUUAAUCUGGAACCUUUGUGAGAUCCUCUUUAUUGAAGUAGCCCCAGCUGGCCCUCUACUCCUUCACCUCCUUGAUUGGGUCCGACUACACGUGUGUGAAAUGGAUGGUUUGUCAGCAGAUGUUCUUGGUAGUGAAAAUCCAAACAAACACGAAAACUUCUGGAAUUUGGCGACUCUCUUCGUGCUACAGGGCCGCCUGGACGAGGCGAGGCAAAUGCUGUCCAAAGAAGCUGAUGCUAACCCUGCUUCAGCCAACAUGUGCAGAAUCCUGGGGGACCUGAUGAGGACGAUGCCUAUUCUCAGUCCUGGCAACACACAGACAUUGACAGAGCUGGAGCUGAAAUGGCAGCACUGGCAUGAGGAAUGUGAGCGACAUCUUCAAGAUGGCACCUUUGCUUCUAACCCCCACUUGGAAUCCCUCUGUAAGAUCAUGCUGGGAGACGACAAUGCUUUACUGGAGCAGAAGGAACUUCUCAGUAAUUGGUAUCAUUUUCUAGUGACUCGGCUUCUCUACUCUCACCCCACAGUGAAACCCAUUGAAUUGCACUUCUAUGCCCAGUCCAGCCUAGAUCUCUUUCUGGGAGGCGAUAGUAGUCCAGAACCUCUGGACAAUAUUUUGAUGGCAGCCUUUGAAUUUGAUAUUCAUCAAGUCAUCAAGGAGUGCAGCAUUGCCCUGAGCAAUUGGUGGUUUGUUGCUCACUUGACAGACCUACUUGAUCACUGCAAACUUCUCCAUUCUCACAACCUCUAUUUUGGUUCUAAUAUGCGAGAAUUCCUUCUGCUUGAAUAUGCAUCAGGAUUGUUUGCUCAUCAUAGCCUAUGGCAGCUAGGUGUGGAUUACUUUGACCAUUGUCCAGAGCUGGGCAGGGUUUACCUGGAGCUACAUAUUGAGCGGAUUCCACUAAACACAGAGCAGAAGGCCCUCAAAGUACUUCGGAUCUGUGAGAGGCGGCAGAUGACUGAACAAGUUCGAAGCAUCUGCAAGAUUCUUGCCAUGAAAGCUGUCUGCAACAACCGCCUGGGCUCUGCCUUGUCCUGGAGUAUCCGAGCCAAAGAUGCAGCUUUUGCCACUCUUGUCUCUGAUAGGUUCCUGAAGGAUUACUGUGAACGGGGCAGUUUCUCAGACUUGGAUCUCAUUGACAACCUGGGCCCGGCUAUGAUGCUUAGUGACCGUCUGACUUUCCUAGGAAAGUACCGCGAGUUUCACCGGUUGUAUGGAGAAAAGCGCUUUGCUGAUGCUGCCUCCCUGCUGCUGUCACUGAUGACUUCCCAAAUUGCCCCUCGAUCCUUCUGGAUGACGCUACUGACUGAUGCCCUUCCUCUACUAGAACAGAAACAGGUCAUCUUUGCUGCUGAGCAAACCUAUGAGCUGAUGCAGUGCCUUGAGGACCUGACAAUGGGAAGACCAGAGCCCAGAAAGCUCGGGGGCCAGAGAUCCCAGGAGGAUGACGUCGAGACGACCAAAGUGGAAAUGCUGAGACUUGCUCUUGCACGAAACCUUGCACGGGCAAUUGUGAAGGAAGGAACCUUGGAAGGCUCAUGAAACCGUAUGGUGGUAGAUGUUUUUUCCUAAAAAUAAAUGCUUUCUUUUACAAAUAAAA